UGCAUCAGUUCUAAAGAAGCGUAUUUUAAUAUUUUAGAACAGAAAAAAAUUAACUAAAACAACGUCAUGGAAGAAGAAGGUCCUGCCGAGGCAACUAUUGAUUUUGUGCCAGCAAUUUGCUUUGUACCCAGAGGUAUUGCCAAAGAAAAGCCAGACAAAAUUGUGUUGACACAAGAAGAGUUGGCCCGAGUUAUAAAAGAUACAAAAGACCGUUUGGGCAGUGAUGCUGACGAUGAUGAAGACGAUGACGAUGAUGAAAAUGAGCAACAAGAAAAUGAAAUGGAUGUUGACAAUGAGAUGGAGGACGAAGAUGAUGAAGAUAUAGCUGAGGAGACAAAUGAGAAUCGUAAUCCUGAUGAUGAGUUUGCUUUUGAACGUUACGAUAAUGAGGGUAAUCCUCGUGUGGCCGAUAUUGGCAAUAUUGUUGAUCCCGAUCAUCAAUUACCCGAUGAGGAUGAUGACUCGGAGGCUGAAGACGAAGUUAUUAAACCAACAGAUAAUUUGUUGCUGGUGGGUCAUGUACAAGAUGAUGCUGCCAGUAUGGAGGUUUGGGUAUUCAACGAAGAAGAGGAAAGUUUAUACACCCAUCAUGAUUUCCUAUUACCUAGUUUUCCUUUGUGUAUUGAAUGGAUGAAUCAUGAUCCCGGCAGUGAUAAACCUGGCAAUAUGUGUGCUAUUGGUUGUAUGGAUCCUGUGAUCACCGUAUGGGAUCUUGAUAUACAAGACUCUAUUGAACCCACAUUUAAAUUGGGCUCCAAGGGCAGCCGUAAAAAGAACAAGGAAGCCUAUGGCCACAAAGAUGCAGUUUUAGAUCUCUCAUGGAAUCGGCAGUACGAACAUAUUUUAGCCUCCGCAUCUGUUGAUCAAACUUUGAUUUUGUGGGAUUUGGAUGAAGGUCAACCCCAUACUACCAUAACAGCAUUUGAAGAAAAAGUACAGUCCAUAGGAUUCCAUCCCGAGGAGGCUCAAAGCAUUUUGGCUGGUACUGCUGACGGUCUAGUGCGUUUAUUCGAUUGCCGUGAUCCAGAACAAGUAAACACAUCAUUUGUCAAGUGGCAAAUACCCGGCGAAGUUGAAAAGGUUCUUUGGAAUACUUGUGAUAGUAAUUACUUUGUAAUCGGCUCUAAUGAGGGUUCCCUACAUUAUGCUGACAAACGUGUACCCAAAAAAUUGCUGUGGUCAUUCAAGGCCCAUGAAGAGGAAAUCUCUGGCAUUUGCUUCAAUUCUGAGGUUAAGAAUCUUUUAACGUCUACCUCCACAGAGGGUUGCUUGAAAAUAUGGAAUUUCAAUUCGGCGGAAAUAAAGCCAGUCUACUCACAUGAUUUCCAAAUGGGUCGUUUGCAGUGUAUGAAACAGUGUCCCGAGGAUCCAUUUACUUUGGCGUUUGGUGGUGAGAAACCUCCUAGGUGCCGGGUCUUUAACAUUAAGAACUUUGAAGCAGUACGACAAGUAUUUGAUAUACCCGCGGUAGAACAGGAUUAAUUUGUUGGAUGACAUUGAUUGACGCAGGCGUAUUUUUAUAAAGUUUUUUUAAUUUUUAUGUACAGUUUUUCAUAAAUUAAUAAUUACUACUACUCUUUAUUUUAGUGAAAAAAUAAAUAUAACUAUAAAUAAUGAAAA